AUGGCUUCAGCACCACGGCCUAUUCCAGUCUCACCUAGAACACUCAGAAUGGACACGAGUGAGCAUGGACUUGCAAAGUCGUCCAUUCCCGAGGAUGGCCAGCCAAAUUCGCCGUUUAACAAUGUCAACUCGCCUCAGCAUCCUGCAAGACUGUCGCCAACAAUUUCAAGGACGUAUGAUCCUUCUGAUCCAGACGUAGUGGAGCGCCAGAGAGCCAUGGAUGCAGAUUUCGCAAUGCAAUUGUCUCGCGCUCGAAGUGCCAGUUUCGCGGUCGCCCAUGUGCCGUCGACUCAAGACCUUCCCACCCCUCCAAUAAGGACGGCAUUAGACCCAGAGGACGAGGAAGAACGGAGCUACUUUCCGACAACACAUGUCGAUCAUGUCUCUGGAAUGGGCUCUGGGAGCGAAACACCUGCUCCAUAUCAUCUCAGCGGUGGAAUAGAUCCUUCGUUGAUGAUGAAUCAAGCACACGAACCGGAUCUGUUGGUGACGAGCGUCAGCUCUAAACUUCGGAACCAGAGUCCCCUCGCGUGCGAUCAUGAACGUACACACGAAGAGACUCAAAGUCAAUCUCCACCGUUUGAAUCGCCUCACACGGCCGCACAGCCCGAGCUCGAGCAUCGGAUUGGCGGUGGCUACUACAGGAGCAAGUUUGAUUUUGGAGUCAUGGAAGAGUUUGCCAAAGAGGAACGACAGCGACUUGGAAUCACGCGCAACACAGAUUGGACCAAAGGCUCCACUCGCAGGAAGCCAACUCGAAACACAGAGACGACUGUUAUCCAUGAAGAAAGUGCCGCAAGAAGCGCAGAAGGUCUGCCAAGCGAAACGACAGUCGGUCAAGGACACCGAAGGGAAAGCGAAACCCUGCUUCAGCCACGCAAGACGGGCGGGAAAUUGGCGCAAUUCGAAAGCGCAACAGCGACCCUCCCGCCCUUUGACUUGCCCCCAGCUGCGUCACCCAUGCUUGGACCGACGCUCCCACCGGCCAACGGAAUUUCACCUACCGACCAGCCGGUCGAUUUGCCGCCUCUUGCGAAUAGCUGGGAGCACGAGACUCGACCGUACCGCUUUUCAUUUUACUCCAAUAACCUUCGGUCUACGAUUCAUGCGCGAACGCUGAGUGAGCUCCCAGCAGAAAAUCAGAGCUUUGAAGAGCUGUUCCAGGGGAAACGGACGGCCCCUGCCAAACAAGGCGUUGCGAGCCAGGAUCCAUCCUUGGUCAAUCUGCCCAUGGACGUUGUAUCGGCAAAACGUGACUCUGGGAUACCUGGUCGCGGUACGACGUGGAAAGAAGACGAGGAUGCAAAUAGUUGGUGGCUGGAUAUACUAUGUGCAACCGAUGAAGAAAUGCGCGUGCUCAGCAAGUGCUUUGGAAUCCACCCGCUCACAGCCGAAGAUAUUCAAAUGGAGGAAACACGCGAAAAGAUUGAGCUGUUCCGGGACUAUUACCUCGUCUGUUUCCGGAGCUUUGAUCAGAACCAGUACAGUCCGACCUAUCUGGAGCCGAUCAACUAUUAUAUUGUGGUAUUUAGAGAGGGUAUUCUUUCGUUUCAUUUCAGACAGUCUCCACACCCACAAAACGUGCGCCGACGAAUCAAACAGUUGAAAGACUAUAUUAGCGUGACGUCGGACUGGAUAUCGUACGCGCUGAUCGACGACAUUACCGAUGCGUUUGGUCCGUUGAUUCAGAGUAUCGAGUAUGAGGUCGACAGCAUCGACGAGCUUGUGCUCAUUCUUCGUGAAGCCGAGCAGAGUGACAUGUUGCGAAGGAUUGGCACAUGUCGCAAAAAGGUCAUGGGAUUGUUGAGGUUGAUGGGCAACAAAGCCGACGUCGUCAAAGGACUCGCGAAACGAUGCAACGAAAACUGGAGCAUGGCGCCAAAGUCGGACAUUGGACUCUACCUGUCUGACAUUCAAGACCAUUUGAUCACGAUGACCCAAUCGUUGAACCACUACGAAAAGCUGUUGUCACGCUCGCAUUCCAAUUACCUUGCGCAGAUUAGUAUCGAGAUGACCGACGCGAAUAAUCAGAUCAACGACGUGCUUUCGCGGCUGACGGCAAUGGGAACUAUCCUGAUUCCGAUGAAUCUCAUUACGGGUCUGUGGGGGAUGAACGUGCACGUACCGGGGCAAGACGUGAAAACUGGGUAUGCAUGGUUUAUUGGGAUCAUCUGCUUUUUGGUCGGGAUCGGAGGGGUGGGGAGCUGGGGCGCAUAUCGGCUCAUGAGACGCAGUCGAAAACGGUGA